AUGCUUCCACGCACCAAGUACAAUCGCUUCAGGAAUGACUCGGUGACAUCGGUCGAUGACCUUCUGCACAACCUGUCGGUGAGCGGCGGUGGCAAGGUCUCGGCGGCGCGCGCGGCCCCGGCGGCGGCUCCCUACCUGGUGUCCGGAGACGCGCUGCGCAGGGCGCCCGACGAUGGGCCGGGCAGCCUGGGCCACCUGCUCCACAAGGUGUCCCACCUGAAACUCUCCAGCUCGGGCCUCCGCGGCCUGUCGGCGGCCAGGGAGCGGGCGGGCGCGCGGCUCUCGGGCAGCUGCAGCGCGCCCAGCCUGGCCGCCCCGGACGGCAGCGCGCCCCCCGGCCCCCGCGCCCCGGCCAUGCGCGCCGUCAGGAAGGGCCGACCCGGCGACGAGCCGCCGCCCCGCGCCCCGCACGCUAGCGACCAGGUGCAGGGGGCCGGAGUCACCUACGUCGUCAAGUACUUGGGGUGCAUUGAAGUUCUUCGCUCAAUGAGGUCACUUGACUUCAGUACAAGGACACAAAUUACCAGGGAAGCCAUCAGCCGGGUUUGCGAAGCGGUCCCUGGCGCCAAGGGAGCCUUCAGGAAAAGAAAGCCUCCGAGCAAAGUGUUGUCCAGCAUCCUGGGCAAGAGCAACCUCCAGUUUGCGGGGAUGAGCAUCUCCCUGACCAUAUCCACCGCCAGCCUGAACCUGCGGACCCCAGACUCGAAACAGAUUAUAGCGAAUCAUCACAUGCAGUCCAUCUCCUUCGCCUCUGGGGGAGACCCGGAUACAACAGACUACGUUGCGUACGUAGCUAAGGACCCUGUUAAUCGCAGAGCUUGUCACAUUCUGGAAUGUUGUGACGGGCUGGCCCAGGAGGUCAUCGGCUCCAUCGGACAAGCCUUUGAGCUCCGGUUUAAGCAAUAUUUGCAGUGUCCUUCCAAGAUCCCCACUCUCCACGACCGAAUGCAGAGUCUAGAUGAGCCAUGGACUGAAGAGGAGGGUGAUGGCUCAGACCACCCAUACUACAACAGCAUUCCAAGCAAGAUGCCUCCUCCAGGGGGGUUUGUAGAUGCUCGACUGAAAGCCAGACCCCACGGUCCUGACACAGCCCAGUUUGCAGGAAAAGAGCAAACUUACUACCAGGGGAGACACUUAGGAGACCCGCUUGGCGAAGACUGGCAGCAAACACCUGUCAGGCAAGGUGAGAGGCAAGGGUCUUUGGACGUCUACAGCAUGCCGGAAAGGAAAUCGCAUGUGGCCCCUACGGGAGAAGCCCCCACCUAUGUCAACACCCAGUGUAUCCCGCUGCAGGCUGGGCUGGCCGCAGGCAGCAGUGCAGAAAGCAGCCCACGGAAAGACCUCUUUGACAUGAAACCUUUUGAAGAUGCUCUCAAGAACCAGUCCUUGGGGCCUGUGUUGAGCAAGGCAGCCUCCGUGGAGUGCAUCAGCCCCAUCUCACCUGGAGCCCCGGAUGCCAAGAUGCUGGAAGAGCUGAAAGCAGAGCCUUGGUACCAAGGGGAGAUGAGCAGGAAGGAGGCAGAGGGGCUACUGAAGAGAGAUGGAGACUUCCUGGUCAGGAAGAGCACCACCAACCCAGGCUCCUUUGUCCUCACUGGCAUGCACAACGGCCAGGCCAAGCACCUGCUGCUCGUGGACCCGGAAGGCACGAUCCGGACAAAGGACAGGAUCUUUGACAGUAUCAACCACCUCAUCAACCACCACCUGGAGAACAGCCUGCCCAUCGUCUCUGCCGGGAGUGAGCUCUGCCUUCAGCAGCCAGUGGAGAGGAACCCGUGA